CUAUAUCUAUCUAUCUAUCUUGAGUAAAUAGAGGAGCAUCCAAAUACACAAAUUCUAGAUUUUUCAUCUCUUGUUCUCAUCUAUAGCCGCCAUCAAUGGAAGCAACAGAAGCAAUCGAGCUCUUUGAUUCAUACUGGUUUGAGAUGGAAAUAUUCAAGAAACAACCGAUUUUACCUAAAUCAUCAAGUUUAGAAGCAAACCCAGAUCAUGAAAAUCAAGAAAAGGCUCUAAAACCAGAGAUUUCAAGACUCCCAGCGACCAUUACAAGGUCUAUGAGUGAAGAUUUAUGCUCCAAUACAACCUUCAGUUUUGGCUUUUCUUUCUGUUCAGAUUCAGUCCUCCACGCACCAAAGCUCCACACCAUCUUUUCAGGCAAAGACUUCACAGAAGAAGAGUAUUCAACACCAACGGAGAAGGUAUAUGUCCUGGAAUCACAUAAAAAGAAAGUUACGAGGAGAAGAGGAAAGAAAGUUGCAAGCAAGAGCUUGUCAGAAUUGGAAUAUGAAGAGCUAAAAGGGUUUACGGAUUUGGGGUUUGUCUUCUCAGAAGAAGAUAAAGAUUCAAACUUGGCUUCAAUAAUUCCAGGAUUGCAAAGACUUGGUAAGCAACAUGAGGAUGAAACCGUUCUUGAUGAGCCUACAGUUUCUAGGCCUUAUUUAUCUGAAGCAUGGGAAGUUCAGGAACAGAGAAUGAAAGAGGAGCCAUUGAUGAAUUGGGCAAUUCCUGCUUUGAGCAAUGAGAUUGACAUGAAAGAUAAUCUUAGAUGGUGGGCUCAUACCGUUGCUUCUGCUGCUAUAUAAUGCAAAUUUUCAGAUUAACGGGUUCAUAUAUAUAUAUAUAUAUAUAUAUAUAUAUAUAUAUAUAUAUAUAUAUAUAUAUAUAUCAUUUUUGUUUUUUGUAA